CUAGUACGUCCAAGCUUCUCCAGUUGGCGUCAGCAAACAAUAUGCAGACAAUUGAGGUUCAGGAGACAACAGCCAACUCAGAAGUCAAGAUUUCACCAGUCUCGGAUAUCAUUGAUGCGCUUGAAAACAUCCUCGCACAUGCACGAGUACUCAUUCCAGACCUUGAAACCCCAUUCUCCAGAUUCCCCAAUACCGAUCAGUCUAACAUGCACAAAAACCAAAGUAUCAGUGCUACCAUCAUCGAGCGCCAGCAGCAGUUGGACACAGUUUUGCACGAGAUCUCUGGGCUGGAAACCGUGAUGGAUGGUAUAAAAAAUCUUCAUCAGCAACUCGUCGAAAAAAAGGACAGGAUCACCCAGUCCAUGAAUGCGUACAAGGGACUCGCAUCACCUCUCUGGCGCUUGCCAACUGAAGUCCUAUCCCAAGUUUUUGACCAAUGUAUCCCAAACGUCGAUUGCUUGUACCCAUCAAGACUAGAAGCUCCCAUGCUGUUGACCGAAAUAUGCCGACGAUGGAGGGAGGUCGCUGUGGGCUUGCCCAGUUUAUGGUGCAGGUUGUGUGUGGUUGACGACGGUGACUGGCAGCGGGCAGCUGUCUUCUAUGAGUCAUGGCUCAAGCGAUCGCGAGGAUGCCCACUCUCGUUGGCAUUCGACUGCUUCGCAAAUAACUUGACUGGGCUACGAAACCUUUUCCAGCCUUACCUCAAUCAAAUCUCGUCUCUCUCUGUCUAUUUUCUCGAAGGAACAGACCAAACUUCAAAUUUGCUUUUGUUACAAGACCUUCCAAAAGACCUCCCAGCACUUCAGGAGGUGAACAUAUUCAUAGAGAUCGAUCUUGCCAUUAGUAUUCUAUCCAUUGCACAAUCUAUCUCGCGACUGCCCUCCACUCUGCGCAGUCUCAAAGUUACGGGGUUGUUGUUCGACGUCGAGGAAUUUUCUUCUUUGCAUCCCGUAUUGGCCCACCUGACAAAUGUCGAGAUUUCCAUGCCUCAUCCGAAGGCAUUCCUCCACUUUCUCCAGCUAUGUCCCAACCUCUCUUCGUUAACAGUUCACGCAGAAUUCGGCUGGGCGCAAACCUUGGAGCCAUUCACGCACACCGAAAUUCGAUCCUUGCGCAUCAAUUUUGACUACGCGAACACUCGUUGUUUAUCUGGCCUGUUCGAUGCUCUAUCACUUCCCAAUUUACGGGUGUUUGAAGCUCUAUUCAUCCAAACAUGGCCUCAUACCCAAUUCAAGGCAUUCUUGGCACGGUCAAAGUGUCCCCUGGAGCGCCUGCUUCUAGGCAGAGGAGUGGGGAUAACAGAUGAGCAGCGUGCGGAAUACGUUGUCCUUAUUCCUUCUCUCGAAGUAGUACUGGAUCACAGUUAUUCAUCCUUUGAAUAAAACUCGGUCGUUACACUUACUGUAUUGGGAUAAUGAUACUGGGCUGGCAGUAGGAAGCAUUGCACAUGUGUAGAUACCGCACUCUCUAGAGCCAGGGCGCAUUUUAUGAUGAUAGCUAAUUCCAAGUCGAUUGUGUAUCACUCAUACUUACAUCUUUGCGCUUUACGACAGAGCAAGC